AUGAGCUCAGCCCAGUUGCGGAAAUUAAUGAUCCUGACCUUAAUUGUAUGUAUUUCUGAGGCCUGGCUAGAUCCCAGCAUAUACGAUGGAGUUAUAUCUAUUGGACCUAACUAUACUCCGUACCGAAAAGAUAGAGGAACGCCUGGCGGCUGUUUAAUUACUUAUGUUAAAACUGCAAUACCUUCUAGCCGCUUGUUUGACAUGGAAGAGGAAGGCAAAGAGGCUCUGUGGCUACUGUUGAAACCACAAAGACUUCCAAGGCCUUUCAGUUGCAUUGUUAUGGUUGCAGUUUAUUAUCCCCCAGGUCAAGCGGCUAUAAAUGAGAUAACUAUGAUUGAUUAUCUUAUUAAUGGAAUCGACUUUAUUCUACAAAGCUACCCCUCUGCUGGAAUUAUAAUCGCUGGAGACUUUAACAAAAUGAAAUUAGGAACAUUAUGUAAUUGUUUUGAUUUGAGGAAAAUUGUUAAGAAACCAACUCGCCAGAACAAUACUUUAGAUCAGAUAAUGACUAAUAUGUCGCUACUGUUUCAAGAAGUGCAACAUCUUCCUCCCUUAGGUCGAUCGAAUCACCAAUGCCUAGCCUUUUGA